AUGAUGCAUGCAAUCCAAGUCAUCGAAGACGACGGGACCAAACAGGAGGUGCCGCUGCAAGAGAAGGCUUCCAAUACGACAACCCACAACACGAAAAUAACCAAGGUUGAGGAAGGAUUCCCACGUAACAAGCCAAACGAACGUCCGUUGUCACCGGUGUCGAAGAUUCUGUUCUUGGAUGGAGUGCGUGGAGCUGCGGUAGUGUUUGUAGUGACCCAGCACUCUGGAUAUAUGCACGACAUCUUCAUGGGCGCUGUCGGUGUGGAUGCCUUCUUCGUCUUGUCUUCGUUCCUGUUGACCAUGAUUUUUAUGAAGAAAAGCAUCAAGUUGAUCGCCGAGGCGGCAUCCUACCGAAAGUGGGGGCUCACACUGAUCGACUAUUUCUCGAAGCGGUUCUUUCGAGUGUACCCGCUGUUCGCUCUGUUGUCAAUUACACUGUGGCUCAUGCCGUUCGAGUACAAGAAUCAGUACUAUUUAGUGAAGAAGCCCGAGGACUUUAAUCUGUUCCAAACUCUCACUUUUCAUCCGGAACAUCGACACUAUUUGCUGUGGACUCUACCCCUCGAGAUCUCGUACUACUUCAUCCUACCUGCGUUUGUUCUCGCCGUGCUCAAGAUGGGGCGUUUCUGGUGGAUGUCGUUCAUUCCACUGUAUGCCUGGGUCAUUCACGAGGGUCUAUACACGAUCCGAGACAACUUCUACCGUCAGCCUCUGAGCGCCCACCUGCCAACGUUUGUGGCAGGCUCGAUGGCUGCUGUCAUCUUCGUGAAGGUGGAUACGUGGAUUAAGUCCAGCGGCUUCAAGUUCCUCACUCCGCACAUUGUCGCGCUUCGAAUUGUGGAGGCAGUGUUGAUUGCAGCCUACCUUAGUGUAGUUUUUCGCGGUUUGUUCUUCAACUGGCUGGCUCCCCCACCGUCUCAGCUUUCUGUACGUGGUUUAACACCGCGAAACUCUCACUACAAGCGCCAGAAAUUCGUCAUGUCCGGCGUCGAGCAGCCGCUGCUGUCCGUGGCAUCUAGCAAUGGCGCUGGGUCGUGUCAAACGCAGCAAGCGCAACGCACGAGAUUCCUGGAUCGCCGCGGUCGAUUUAAGCAAUCGCUCGGUCGCUUCAACGUCUACCGCAAAGGUGGCGAUUGGCGCAAGAUCUAUUGGGACGACCCGUUCCACACGGUGAUCAACACACGCACGUCGAGGAUCAUUUGGGGCGUUUUCAUUGCGGUGCGUGGUGAAGUUGUGGUGCUGUGA